GAGGCUGAGCCUGAAGAGAGGGCUGACUGUACCAUUAGUAGCCAACCUGUCAACACAACAUCAGCUACGAUACUAUAUAUCAGUGCAGUUGAAGUAACUUUGUAAUUUAUCCGGUUUCUAUGGAUCCUUUAUGCACACCUCACCAAGAGGAGAAGAAGACUGUGAUCGUGAAGGAAGAGGAGGAGGAGGAAACUGUGAUUGUGAAGGAAGAGGAGGAGGAGGAAGAUGAAGAUGAGAAAGAUGAUAGCGAGACAACAGUGAUAGACGGUGAGGAGGAAUCAGAUGACAAAGCCAAGGAGACUGAACCCCAGCAGCAGAAGAAGCAGGCCUGGGCCCCCACUACCUACUCCACGUUUGGUAAAGAGGUGUUCUGCUACGUAGGAGAGGAGAUCAGCAUCUUGGAGGCCUUGGACUCUUACGGUGCUGUCAUCUGGCCAGCGGCGUUGGCUCUGUGUCACUACCUAGAGACCAACGUUGAGCAGUUGAACCUGGAGGACAAGGCAGUGCUGGAGCUAGGAGCAGGCCCUGGCCUAGUGUCUAUUGUAGCCACACUCCUAGGUGCCUGGGUCACAGCUACAGACCUACCAGAGAUCAUAGGUAACCUGAGAGCCAACCUGCUCCGUAACACAAGAGGGCGCUGUAGGUACACUCCCCAAGCUGCAGCUCUGUCCUGGGGUCCUGACGUGGAACGCACCUACCCCAGAUCCGUGUAUCGCUAUGACUACGUGCUGGCGGCUGACGUGGUGUAUCACCAUGACUACCUGGAAGAGCUGCUGUUCACCAUGAGAUACUUCUGCCGUCCAGGAACCAUUCUGAUCUGGGCCAACAAGGUCCGUUUUCCCACAGACCUGGUGUUCACUGAGGACUUCAAGAACACCUUCAACACCACCCUGCUGGCUGACAUGGGAGAGGUUAAGAUCUUCAUGGCCACGUGCAGAGAGACAGAGGAACACCUUCAACACCACCCUGCUGGUUGAGAUGGGAGAGGUUUAUGCCCAUGUGUAAAAGGUAGGGAUUAGGGAAGACAAAGGAAUAGUUAACAUCCUGCAGACUAUGCCAAAUGUGACCAAGACUUCCUGUCCCUUCUUCCUCUGAGAAAUGCUUGAAGACAGAAGGCGGCCAUCUUGGCUAAUGAUAAUGGACGUUGAUGGACUGCUGAUGAUGUCAGUUGUUGAUGUUUGAUGUUCU